AGCAAACUUACAAUAUAAAAACUAGAAGAUCGUCUCUAUACGUACCUAGUCAUUCACUCUCUUAAAACCUCACUUAGAGCUUCCAUCUCCAAAAAAAACCUUCAUGGCAGAGCCGCCACCACCGCCGCCUCCCAACUUCGCCACCGCCGCAAGCCAAGAAGAUAAAACAACGUUAAUGAACAUCCAAACCAACUCUUCACCAACAACUGAUGACGAUGAACAUGAUCAUCUGCAUGAACCAAACCCUAAUCAACAAAACUCCCCCAAAUCAAGCAAGCGCUACACUCUCCUCCUCACCAUCAACUGCGCCGUCCUCAUCGCCGGCUCCGUCGCCGCAACCCUAAUCACCAAAUUCUACUUCAUCCACCACGGCUCGAGCCGCUGGGUCUCCACGUGGGUCCAGACCGCCGGCUUCCCGCUCCUCCUCCCUCCCAUCCUCCUCCUCCGUGGCCGCCGCCUCUUCUCCGGCUUCACGCCACGGCUGACGCUGCUCUCCCUCGCCGUCGGCGUCUUCCUCGGCGUGAGUAACCUCCUCUUCUCCUGGGGCACCUCCUACCUCCCCGUCUCGACGUCGUCGCUCCUCCUCUCCUCGCAGCUGGCAUUCAAUUUGAUCCUCUCCGCCGCGAUCGCGAAGCAGAAGGUCACAUUCAACAAUAUCAAUUGCGUGAUUCUCCUCACGCUGAGCUCGAUUUUGCUCGCAUUGAGCUCGAGCGGCGAUCGGCCGGCGGCUCUGACGCGCCGCCGCUACCUGAUCGGGUUCUUCUCAACCCUAGGCGCGGGGAUCUCCUUCGCCGUCUAUCUGCCGGUGAUGGAGGUGAUCUACCGCGAGGUGCGGUGCUACGCGAUGGUGGUGGAGAUGCAGCUGCUGAUGGGGCUCUCGGCCACGGCGUUCGCCACGGCGGGGAUGGCGGCGGACGGCGGGUUCACGGAUUUGAAAUCCGAGAGCACGGCGGGGUUCGAUCGCGGCCCGGCGGCGUAUUGGUGGACGAUUUGGGGGGCCGCUGUGGCGUGGCAGAUGUCGUUCCUGGGGACCGCGGGGAUGGUGUUCCUGACGACGUCGCUGACGGGCGGGGUGUGCAUGACGGCGCUGCUGGCGGUGAACGUGGCCGGAGGAGUGGUGGUGUACGGCGACGAGUUCGGCGGCGUGAAGGCGGUGGCGACGGUGUUGUGUGUGUGGGGUUUCUGUUCCUAUCUGUACGGGAUUUAUGCGAAGAGCAAGGAACGGAACCGGAGAGGCCGCUCCGUUGAGAUGAAUGAGAUUAUGGUGUAGAGUUUAACGGAUUUGAUUAGUUUAAAUCUUGUUACUCCAUCAAAACUUUUAUAUAUAUUAGAAUGAGAUUAUGGUGUAGAGUUUAACGGAUUUGAUUAGUUUAAAUCUUGUUACUCCAUCAAAACUUUUAUAUAUAUUAGAUUAGAAUCAACGUAAUAUAUAUGGUUAGCAUAUGGUAGGAACUAUCAUUAAUAUAUGUAAAAAUGUAGAAUCACUUUUUCUUAUACUCCUUUCUUCCCGUGAAUCUUGAGUAAUUUCUUUCCGGUAUGGAUUUUAAGGA